AUGCCUUGGAAAAUUGGCUUCAAGGAAACUAAAGAGAAACCAAUUAGACCUGGAAAGCUUGAGCCUCACGAGAUUGGGCCAAAGCUGAAAGGAGAAUUCAAUGAAGCCCUGGAGUGCUCUGAGCAGCCCCUGAGACUAGUUGCUGACGAGGGAACCAGUGCUCAGUUUAUGUGGAAUCCACAACGCACACGGGCCAGGUCUCAGAGGGCACAGUCCGGCUCAGGAAACCUGCAGACUUCUGCCUCCUUCUCAGCAACCAUGAGUGAGUGUGCUGAGGAGCAUCCGCUGAAGGACAGGCUGCAGAAGCUGAGAUGUCACUUCACAUGGGGGCUGCUCAUCGAAGACACUGGGUUGCCUGACCUAGAAGACAGAAUCCUGGAAGAGAUUCAAUUUCUAGACACUGAAAACAAGGUAGGAUACAACCUGCUGGCCUAUGUGAAACACCUGCAAGGCAAGCAUGAGGAUGCCCUGGAGAACCUGAAAGAAGCAGAAGAGGUGGUUCAGGGAGACCAGGCUGACCACUCAGAUGUGAGGAGUCUGGUGACCUGGGGCAACUACGCCUGGGUGCACUAUCAUAUGGGCAGGCUGGCAGAUGCACAGACAUACCUGGACAAGGUGGAGAAUACGUGCCAGAAGUCUGCAGACCCCACCCGUUAUAGUACGCAGUGUCCUGAGAUGGACUGUGAGGAAGGCUGGGCUUUGCUGAAGUGUGGAGGAAAGAACUAUGAGCGGGCCAAGGCCUGCUUUGAGAAGGCUCUGGAAGCAGACCCUGAGAACCCCGAAUUCAACACAGGGUAUGCAAUCACUGUCUAUCGCCUGGAUUACCCUGCCAAAAGACCAUGCGAUGUCAGUGAUGCGUUUUCUCUGCAGCCCCUAAGGAAGGCCAUCAGGCUCAAUCCACAAGAUGCAUACCUUAAAGCUCUGCUUGCUCUGAAGCUGCAGGAUGUAGGAGAGGAGGCCGAAGGAAGAGAGUGCUUGGAGGAAGCUCUGGCUCACACGUCCUCCCAGACCUAUGUCUUUCGAUACGCAGCCAAGUUUUUCCGCAGACAAGGCCGUGUGGAUGAAGCUCUGAAGUACUUAAAAAUGGCCUUGAAGGCAACACCCAGCUCUGCCUUUCUUCACCAGCAGAUAGGCCUCUGCUACAAGAAAAAAACAAACCAAAUAAUGAAUGCUACCCACAUGCAGCCUACAAGGCAGGAUAGGGAGAAUGUGGACAGAUUGAUUCAAUUAGCCAUAUUUCACUUUGAAUAUGCUGUCAAACAAAAGCCCACGUUUGAAGUGGCUUAUGUGGACCUGGCCCGCAUGUACAUAACUGCAGGCGAUCAUGAAAAAGCUGAAGACACUUUCCAAAAAGUGCUGUGCAUGACACCACUCCAGGAACACAUACAGCAAAAUAUACAUUUCUCCUAUGGUCAAUUUCAACAAUUUCAAAAAAAAUCUGAAGUUGAUGCCAUUACCCAUUAUUUACAGGCAGUUACAAUAAGAAAGGACUCAUAUGCCAGGGAUAAAAGUAUCAAAUCCUUGGAGCAACUGGUUUCAAGGAAACUAAAGAGAAACCCAUUGGACCAGGAGGCCUUGAGCCUCCGGGAGGUGCUCCACAGGUUGGUAGGAGGAAGGGAUGAAGCCCUGGAGUGCUCUGAGCAGGACCUCAGACUAGCUGCUGACAGUGGGAACUGGGUGGGGAGUAGCCUCUAGGUGCUCAAGUAUCAACCGUGUUCAUAUUGCAUUUGAUUUAGGUUAACAGGUAGUAAAUGUCUCUCCUACUUGCUGGCUUUAGAAACAUAUUACAUGAUUCAUGAUGAUGAUGCAAUUUUUAAAACGGAUAAAAUUAACUGCAAUAAGCAAAUAGGAUAAAUAGCUGCAAGCAUGGCC